AGCGUGUGCUGACUGAACCUAGGCUCAAUCUCUGAAGAAAAAAACCUAUGGUAUGAUACUGAAGAUGCAAUCCAGCCGUGCUGCAGCCAUUCUUCUUUGUUUCACCACCUGGAUGAGUUUGGUCUAUGGAACCCACGGACUCGUAAAAAGCUGCUGUGUCCAGUGGUCCAAAACCAGAAUCCCACUUGAACGAGUUAUAAAUUACACCAUUCAGUCUGAAGAUACUUGUCGCAUCAGAGCUGUACUGAUACAGACGAGGCUCGGAAAGACACUUUGCUCCAACCCCGGUGCUGAGUGGACAAAAAGAGCAAUUCAGAAGGUGGACAAUGAGACAAAAGCACUGCAAGAGAAAAGACAGAAUGAAGAAGGAUCAGAAAGUGACGUGACACCAACAGCAUCCCCAGCGUCAAAAAACACCCCUCAGAAGAACAGCACAGUGGGAGCGGACAUCAAGGAAGGAGGAGCAGGGAGCUGAGGAAAUGCAGCGUAGGAAUGACAAAAGAGUUAAAGGUUUAAUCAUGCUUUGUUGUCAUAAAUGUGUUUGUUAAUGUAAAAAUAUUUUUGAAGCUUUUAUACUAUCAAUUGCCAUUAAAGUACUUUUCAGCAAAUGCGCAAUAAUUGUGUGUGUUGUAAAGAGUUAAACGAGAU